CCUGACGCAGCCCCGUCAGUCGGCAUGACAACACGGUCCCGGGAGCAGACGGGGAGCGGCUGACGUGCACGAGGAUGGCAGCAGAAGAUGCUCAGUAACGGAACCAGCGGCAGGAACCGAGAGAACAGCGGCACCGGGACCAGCACCGGCACCUGUCCCGGGAGCGACCCGGUCCAUGUCCCGGCCAUGGAGAGAGCCCGGCCGGCCACGGUGACGGUGUCCGCGGUGAGCCUCGCGCUCAGCGCGCUGUCCCUGCUGCUGCUGGUCACCGCCAUCUCCACCGACCACUGGUACGAGACCGACACCCGCAGACACAAGGACAACUGCGACCGCCACGGGUCCGACUCCAACGACCAGAAGAACCGGGAGAUGCCCAUCUACCACCUCCCGCUGGUGGACACGAGCAGCGGCGGGGCUCGGCAGCGGGACGUGGCGCUGAUGAAGCCCGUGCAUGUGGGCAGCAGAGAGGAGGAGCUGCUGGAGAACUGGCGGGCCAUCCUGGGGAUGGGCAUCCUGGAGACCGAGUGCGGCAGGCCGCUGUUCUCCACUCACUCCGGCCUCUGGAGGAAGUGCUACUUCAAGCGCCUGGACCCGGACAUCGACAAGCUCAUCGACCGGGGUAUCGCAGAUCGAUGCACAGCUGUGAAGUAUCACUUCUCUCAGCCAAUCAGACUGCGGAACAUCCCUCUGAACCUGACCAGGACCAUCCAACAGGACGAGUGGCACCUGCUGCACCUGCGGCGCAUCACAGCGGGGUUUCUGGGCAUGGCGGCGGCCGUCCUGCUGUGUGGGAGCAUCGUGGCGUCGGUCGGGUUCUUCUGGGAGGAGAGUCUGACUCAGCACGUCUCCGGCCUGCUGUUCCUGAUGGCAGGGAUCUUCUGCACCAUCUCUCUGUGUACGUAUGCAGCCAGCGUGACCUACGACCUCGCCAGAAACCCUCCCUUCAUCUACGGUCUGCCGGCCGACGUGGAUCAUGGUUACGGCUGGUCCAUCUGCUGCGCCUGGGCCAGCCUGGGUCUGACCGUGGCCGCCGGUUGCCUCGGUACCACCUUCCCCUUCCUGAGCCGGGGUGGAGCUCUGCGAUCCAAAACCGCCCGCGAGUCCUCUGUCUGAGCUGCCGGCUGUUCGUCAGACAGAGAAGGAGCGCGAGGGGUUAACGACAGAACCCUCAGUGUUUGGUGAACCAGCUUUAUGUGACGUGGUUCUGGACGGACUUCCAGUUCAGUACCUGUUUCUAAAAUGUGUUCGAUGAGUUCCACUUUUA